UUUUUAGUCAGAUUUUGUAAAGCUUGAUAGAAAGUGACAUAUCCCUGGUCGUGUCUUUAUUGUCUAAAUAUAGCAUCCACAGUGCCUAUCUGGUGUCCACAGCUGUUUUCUCUCGCCUCUUUUUUUAUGAAGCAUGCCUAUAAGAGGGUGUGUGAGUGUGUAUAUGAGCUGUGACAGCAGCAGUGGUACAGUUUAGCAGCAGCAGAAGCAGCAGCAGGGAGAGAAUGGUCAGACAUAUGUUCUCUAAUCUCCUGCUACUCUGGUCACUCAGCCAUGACCUUUACAUAACUGGACUGACAUAUAAUGCUCCACAGGAGCAGUCCUGGAACAACCAGAACCUCUCCUCUGUCCCUCUGGAUUUGGAUGCAAGGCUUAGAAGACUAGACUUGUCCAAUAACCUCAUCAGACAGUUACACACACUUGCCUUGCCAUACUUGGAGCAGCUGGACCUGAGCAGCAACCAGCUGGAUUUCAUCUCCGAGGGGGCUUUUGAAAACCUGGCUCGACUUGCGCAGUUGAAUUUGUCCAGAAAUGGACUGAACAACAACCUUGGCAGCAACAGCAAAGCCCUCCAAUCCCUCAGCGGGCUGAAGACUUUGGACAUAUCAAUGAACGGUUUGAGUGAUGACGCAGUGGAGCUGUACCUUAGAAACAAGUCGUCCCUUGAUCAACUUAAGAUGACUGGUAAUGCUUUAAAAAGACUUUCUCACAGCUUGUUCAAAGAGAGUAAAGGUUUAAGGACCAUUACUAUUGACGACAAUCUGGUAUCAGAGAUAGAACAGGGGACAUUUGAACCACUGAUUCACUUAGAGACGCUUAACCUGGCCAAAAACAAUCUUGCACACAUCUGUGAUUUUAAAUUACAUCAAAUUAAAUAUCUAAAUCUCAGUAGAAAUUCUGUGGAGUUCUUUGUAACAUGUCAGGAUGACCAGCUGUACAGGCUGGAAGUUCUUGAUCUAAGUUACAACAAACUUCUUUACUUUCCAAUUGUUCCAAAAAUGAACCAUUUGAGGUAUCUCUAUUUGCAGAAUAAUAUGAUUGGUACACUGAAUUCAGAGGCUACAAUGGUAUCAGAGGCUAAUUCUCUUUAUAAUGAGAUUACAAGAAAGAAACUAGUAACAAAAAACAACCUGCACUCAAAUUGGCGGCCAAUGCCACUCAUUUACAUUGACCUGAGCUAUAACCACUUCAGGUCUUUCCCUCUUGAGACUCUGAGCCUCCUCUCAUCUUUAGAAACACUGAAUUUCAGUUAUAACUGUCUGCAAAACAUCUUCUGGGACGUUAGGAACUACAGUGAAUCAGGACAUGUUCGCCAGCUUUUCUUUCCCUCCUUAAAGCACCUGGAUUUGCAAAGCAAUGGACUUAUGUAUAUCUCUCCUCUCUUCCUAAAUUCGCUCACACAAAUAGAAACAUUAAAUUUAGAAGACAAUUCAGUGCAGCCUUGUGCUUCCAUUGACCAUUUGAGAAGCUCUCAAUCAGCACAGCACAUAAAUGUCAGCUCAUCCUGUGUUGCAUUGGGGCAGUUAAGGACUCUUAAACAUCUCAAUCUAAAAGAAAACAACAUAAAAAUACUUGAGCCACACACAUUUCAGGGAACCUCUUUGGUUUCCCUGAACCUUGCAAAAAAUUUACAUAUGGUGAUAAAUGAGGGGGCACUGGAAGGAGCGCAAACAAGUCUUCAGUCCCUGAUAAUCAGCGAGAUAAACAUGACCAGCUCUCAUCUGUCUUUACCCUGUUUGCCAGCGUUAACACAACUGAACAUAUCAAACAACCAUCUAGAUGUGAUACCCAGCAGUUUAAUUUGCUCUCCACUGACAGAAGUUGACAUAAGAAACAAUGUUUUGAUGACUUUAAACCAUUGUUUGAUACAGGCUUUAUCUACACAUCUCACUAUUAUGUAUAUUAGCGGGAAUCGUUUCAACUGCUGUGACAGCAGAUGGCUGAAAAUCCUACAUGAGACGAAGAUUAAACUGCCUGACAUGAGUGAGGCUGAAUGCUUCACACAUGUUAGAAAAUUUGUCAUGACGGAAUAUCUAAAAAACCCUGAACAGAACUGUUUGUUUCGUACACAGGCACAAGAAGUUCAUCCUGGACAAAUAAUCAUAAUUAUUAUAUUUGUAGGUGUAAUAUUAGCAGUGCUUGUUGUAUUCAGCAGGAAGCUGUGUUGUACUCAAAGAUCAUUUGUAGUGUGAUAUGGAAAACCUGUUGUCACUGCUUUGUUUUGUACAUUGUUUGAUAUGGGUUUUAGAAAGCAGACACCUCAGUUCCUAAAGCCUAACUUCACUGAGUUUCACUAUUUAUGACCCAUUUUCUUAUUAACAGAAGUGUGGCAUAAAGGUGGAGUAUGUAAUUUCAAUGUUUGUUCAUUUUAUAACUCAAAAAAUAUUCCUCAUAUCCUCUCAAUAUGUCACAUUCUAUGUGAGCUGGCAAAUAUUUGAUGCUGAUUUAAACACAGCCCUAUAAAUGGGAAAUAGUGGUUUGAACCAAUCCACAUAACACAAUUUUGGCAUGUCUUGUGCACAAGACUGGGGUAAAGGGAGGUGGAAGGAAGUUAAGGGACACUAAAUCUGACACAUGCGAACUAUCUUAAUGUCCUAACAAGGUAAACAUGAACAAUCUUUCUCCAAAAUCACAGACUUCACCUUUAGCGACUGCUGAGGUUACAAAAACUCUCAAUUAACAAAAUGAAGUAACACAAGUCCAUUUUCCCCCGUUUAAAGCUUUCUCUGUGACUUCACUGCUCAUUACAAGCCUUCAGGACGUGCAUCACUUUGUGUGACCUUUGCAGCUCAAAUGUUGUGAUUGAAAUUGGCUUAAUCGACUCCCAAGCUGUUUGGUUACGGUGCGCGCCAAAUCAAUAAUCACGGGGAGAAUUUUUGCCCAUCCUUCAUUGUGAAAUGUUUUCAAGUAAAACUUUAACCUUGGCGUUAAUUUUCAUGACGUCUCUAAAGUCUUGCACAACAUUCCCAGAAUCAGGACUGAACUCAGUACAGUGCCAAUAAAAGAGGGCUUGUGAGAGUUUCUGUUUAAACAUGUAUUUUUCUAUAUGUUUAGAUUAAAAAUGUGCUUAUUUGUCAUUGUCUUUAUAGAAGAUCAUUUUAAUACGCAUCACUAUAUAAAUCUGUCUGAGUUUUGUAAUAUGCAAUUCAUGUGGUGCUGACUCUGGGAGAAUGUUAACAAAUACAGUGGUAAAUGUGGCAGCCGUUAUGCUUUACAUAAUAAACACGACAUAUUUAACAACCACAAUAUGUUGGCAGUCUUUAUUUAGGAAUAUGGAUACAACAUUUAUUUUAACUUACAACAUAAAUCACUGAGACUGGAGGAGAAAUAAUUUCAGUUUCUGUGAAUUUCUGUUUUCAGUCCACCGAGCCAUAAAAAAGACUACUACCAAUCAGCACGAGUUCCUUCUCACUCAAUAAAUCUGACUAAGUUUGGAUCCACUGGGAAAAUAAAAACCUCUACAUAGCACAUAAUCAUUAAGUUAAACUCACAACACAUGAAUAAACUUUGAGUUUCAUCCAACACUGCUGUUCCACAGGCAGUGAGGUGAUGUGACUGGUGAAAACGUGUACAAGCUGCAUGACAUGCUGCGGUGUAAGAAUGCAUCUGAAAUGAAAAGAAAUCAGGAGGAUUUUAUUACACUAUAAACAAGAAGCUCCGGGUGCACACCAGAGACAAACUGCUGCUGCAGGAUAUCCUGUUAAGCAAUCCUCUAACCGUCUGCUUACUGACACAUCCUUUCUCCUUAAGCUGAAGCAAAGUGCCAUUUUCUAGUUCUUGUGCCCAUUAUCACUUUGUCCACUAGUGAAAGACGGGUCUGUGAUGGCAGCAUUAGUGCCAGAGCAACAAGAGUGUCUAUCAAUCUGGCUCUUGAGCAAUAUUACUUUAGGAAAUGUCUUUGUUGCCCCACCCUCAGGUUUUGGGUUCUAGAUCAAGUAGCAGCUUGACAAGUUCAAGCAAAGAGCACUCAAAGAACAAGAACACUGUGUGGAUCGCAUUGGAUGUGAGACCAAAGGAAUGCAGGUAGCAAAUUGUAUUCAUUCUUGGAUUUGGUGGUUGAUAGUAGCUGGCAUUAACACAUUAGCAGCGGCUUGUUUGUUAGCAACUACACAACAGCGAGUAUUAAAAACUUGCA